GGAGCCGAGACGGCGGCGGCGCCCGUGGGAUGCAGGGAUCGCGACCCCGGGGCCGCUGAGCCUGCGCCCAGUGCCUCGCGCCCCGCGCCGAACCGAGUCCGCGCCGAGGAGCAGCCACCCAGCCGGGGGCCCCAGCCCGGGGGACCAGCAGCUUCCCCACAGGCAGCGUGGGGACAGCCCGGGCCCCAGAAGCAGGAUGAGAAGAUGGCAGACUUCCUGUUCCCUCCGGGCACCAGCAGCUUCCGCAGGUUCACCCAGGAGUCCCUGGCGGCCAUCGAGAAGCGCCUGGCGGAGAAGCAGGCCCGAGGCUCGGCCGCCUUGCCGGAGAGCCGGGACGGGCUGCCCGAGGAGGAGGCCCUCCGGCCCCAGCUGGACCUGCAGGCCUCCAAAAAGCUUCCAGAUCUCUAUGGCAACCCGCCCCGAGAGCUCCUCGGGGAGCCCCUGGAGGACUUGGACCCCUUCUAUAGCACCCAAAAGACCUUCAUCGUGCUGAAUAAAGGCAAGACCAUCUUCCGGUUCAGCGCCACCAACGCCUUGUACGUCCUCAGCCCCUUCCACCCCAUCCGGAGAGCGGCCGUGAAGAUUCUGGUUCAUUCGCUCUUCAGCAUGCUCAUCAUGUGCACCAUCCUGACCAACUGUGUGUUCAUGACCCAGCACGACCCCCCGCCCUGGACCAAGUAUGUCGAGUACACCUUCACGGCCAUUUACACCUUUGAGUCUCUGGUCAAGAUCCUGGCUCGGGGCUUCUGCCUGCAUGCGUUCACCUUCCUCCGGGACCCGUGGAACUGGCUGGACUUCAGCGUGAUCAUCAUGGCAUACACAACUGAAUUUGUGGACCUGGGCAAUGUCUCAGCUUUACGCACCUUCCGAGUCCUCCGGGCCCUGAAAACUAUAUCAGUCAUUUCAGGCCUGAAGACCAUCGUGGGGGCCCUGAUCCAGUCUGUGAAGAAGCUGGCCGACGUGAUGGUCCUCACAGUCUUCUGCCUGAGCGUCUUCGCCCUCAUCGGCCUGCAGCUCUUCAUGGGCAACCUGAGGCACAAGUGUGUGCGCAACUUCACGGAGCUCAACGGCACCAACGGCUCCGUGGAGGCCGACGGCCUGGUCUGGGCCUCGCUGGACCUCUACCUCAACGAUUCAGAAAAUUACCUGCUCAAGAAUGGCACCUCCGACGUGUUACUGUGUGGGAACAGCUCUGACGCCGGGACAUGUCCUGAGGGCUACCGGUGCCUGAAAGCGGGCGAGAACCCUGACCACGGCUACACCAGCUUCGACUCCUUCGCCUGGGCCUUCCUCGCGCUCUUCCGCCUGAUGACGCAGGACUGCUGGGAGCGCCUGUACCAGCAGACCCUGAGGUCCGCAGGGAAGAUCUACAUGAUCUUCUUCAUGCUUGUCAUCUUCCUGGGCUCCUUCUACCUGGUGAACCUGAUCCUGGCUGUGGUCGCCAUGGCCUACGAGGAGCAAAACCAAGCCACCAUCGCUGAGACCGAGGAGAAGGAGAAACGAUUCCAGGAGGCCAUGGAGAUGCUCAAGAAAGAGCAGGAGGCCCUCACCAUCAGAGGUGUGGACACCGUGUCCCGCAGCUCAUUGGAGAUGUCCCCUUUGGCCCCCGUGACCACCCAUGAGAAAAGGAGCAAGUGGAGAAAACGAAUGUCUUCGGGGACCGAGGAGUAUGGGGAGGACAGGCUCCCCAAGUCUGACUCGGAGGACGGCCCCAGAGCAAUGAACCAUCUCGGCCUCACCCCUGGCCUCAGCAGGACCUCCGUGAAGCCACACUCCAGGCGUGGGAGCCUUUUCACUUUCCGCCGCCGAGACACGGGUUCGGAGACGGAUUUUGCUGAUGACGAAAACAGCACAGCGGGGGACAGCGAGAGCCACCGCACGUCACUGCUGGCGCCCUGGCCCCUGCGCCGGCCUAGUGCCCAGGCACAGCCUGGUCCCGGCAUGUCAGCUCCCAGCCACGCCCUCAAUGGCAAAAGGAACAGCACUGUAGAUUGCAAUGGGGUGGUGUCCUUGCUGGAGGCAGGUGACCCUGAGGCCACCUCCCCAGGGAGCCACCUCCUCCGCCCUGUGAUGCUGGAGCGACCCCCAGAAACGACAACUCCGUCGGAGGAGCCGGGCAGGCCCCAGAUGCUGACCCGCCAGGCCCCGUGCGUGGACGGCAUCGAGGGGCCAGAGCGGCAGCGGGCCCUCAGCGCAGUCAGUGUCCUCACCAGCGCGCUGGAAGAGCUGGAGGAGUCUCACCGCAAGUGUCCGCCAUGCUGGAAUCACUUCGCCCAGCACUACCUGAUCUGGGAGUGCUGCCCACUGUGGAUGUCCAUCAAGCAGAAGGUGAAGGUCAUGGUCAUGGACCCGUUUGCCGACCUCACCAUCACCAUGUGCAUCGUCCUCAACACGCUCUUCAUGGCGCUGGAACAUUACGACAUGACAGCUGAGUUCGAGGAGAUGCUGCAGGUCGGGAACCUGGUCUUUACAGGGAUCUUCACAGCAGAGAUGACCUUCAAAAUCAUCGCCCUCGACCCCUACUACUACUUCCAGCAGGGCUGGAACAUCUUCGACAGCAUCAUCGUCAUCCUCAGCCUCAUGGAGCUGGGCCUGUCCCGCAUGGGCAACCUGUCAGUGCUGCGCUCCUUCCGCCUGCUGCGGGUCUUCAAGCUGGCCAAAUCAUGGCCCACCCUGAACACACUCAUCAAGAUCAUCGGGAACUCAGUGGGGGCACUGGGGAACCUGACGCUUGUGCUGGCCAUCAUCGUGUUCAUCUUCGCUGUGGUGGGCAUGCAGCUCUUUGGCAAGAACUACUCAGAGCUGAGGUACCGCAUCAGUGACUCAGGCCUGCCCCGCUGGCACAUGAUGGACUUCUUCCAUGCCUUUCUCAUCAUCUUCCGCAUCCUCUGUGGCGAGUGGAUCGAGACCAUGUGGGACUGCAUGGAGGUGUCUGGGCAGUCACUGUGCCUGCUGGUCUUCUUGCUUGUUAUGGUCAUUGGCAACCUUGUGGUCCUGAACCUCUUCCUAGCCUUGCUGCUCAGCUCCUUCAGUGCAGACAACCUCACGGCCCCGGACGAGGACGGGGAGAUGAACAACUUGCAGCUGGCCCUGGCGCGGAUCCAGCGGGGCCUGCGCUUCGUCAAGCGGACCACCUGGGACUUCUGCUGUGGGCUCCUGCAGCGGCCCCAGAAGCCCGCCGCCCUGGCCGCCCGGGGCCAGCUGCCCAGCUGCAUCGCCACCUCCAGCCCCCCGCCGCCCGCAGAGGCAGAGCAGGCAGCUCCGGCCCGCAAGGAGACACGGUUCGAGGAAGGCAGUCGGCCGGGCCAGGGCACCCCUGGGGAUCCCGAGCCCGUGUGUGUGCCCAUUGCCGUGGCUGAGUCAGACACAGAUGACCAGGAGGAGGACGAGGAGAAUAGCCUGGGCACAGAGGAGGAGUCCAGCAAGCAGCAGGAACCCCAGCCUGUGUCCGGCGGCCCAGAGGCCCUUCCAGAGCCCAGGGCCUGCAGCCGGGUGUCAGAGACCGGCUCCUCCGAGGCCCAGGCCAGUGCGGCUCGGGCAGACUGGCGUCAGCAGCGGACAGCAGAGCCCCGGGCCCCAGGGUGCAGUGAGGCCCACGAGGACAGUUACUCUGAGGGGAGCACGGCGGACAUGACCAACACCGCUGACCUCCUGGAGCAGAUCCCCGACCUCGGCGAGGACGACAAGGACCCAGAGGACUGCUUCACCGAAGGCUGUGUUCGGCGCUGUCCCUGCUGCACUGUGGACACCACGCAGGCCCCAGGGAAGGUCUGGUGGCGACUGCGCAAGACCUGCUACCACAUCGUGGAGCACAGCUGGUUCGAGACAUUCAUCAUCUUCAUGAUCCUGCUCAGCAGCGGAGCUCUGGCCUUCGAGGACAUCUACCUGGAGGAGCGGAAGACCAUCAAGGUUCUGCUGGAAUAUGCCGACAAGCUGUUCACCUACGUCUUUGUGCUGGAGAUGCUGCUCAAGUGGGUGGCCUACGGUUUCAAGAAGUACUUCACCAACGCCUGGUGCUGGCUGGACUUCCUCAUCGUGGACGUCUCGCUGAUCAGCCUGGUGGCCAACACGCUGGGCUUCUCCGAGAUGGGCCCCAUCAAGUCGCUGCGGACGUUGCGGGCCCUCCGGCCCCUGCGAGCCCUGUCACGGUUUGAGGGCAUGAGGGUUGUAGUCAAUGCCCUGGUGGGUGCCAUCCCGUCCAUCAUGAACGUCCUCCUCGUCUGCCUCAUCUUCUGGCUCAUCUUCAGCAUCAUGGGCGUGAACCUCUUCGCGGGGAAGUUUGGGAGGUGCAUCAACCAGACCGAGGGGGACCUGCCUUUAAACUACAGCAUCGUGAACAACAAGAGCGACUGUGAGUCCUUCAACAUGACCGGCGAAUUGUACUGGACCAAGGUGAAAGUCAACUUUGACAACGUGGGGGCUGGGUACCUGGCCCUCCUGCAGGUGGCAACAUUUAAAGGCUGGAUGGACAUUAUGUAUGCAGCUGUGGACUCCAGAGGGUAUGAAGAGCAGCCCCAGUGGGAAUACAACCUCUACAUGUACAUCUACUUUGUCGUGUUCAUCAUCUUUGGGUCUUUCUUCACCCUGAACCUUUUCAUCGGUGUCAUCAUUGACAACUUCAACCAACAGAAGAAAAAGUUAGGGGGCCAGGACAUCUUCAUGACAGAGGAGCAGAAGAAGUACUACAAUGCCAUGAAGAAGCUGGGCUCCAAGAAGCCCCAGAAGCCCAUCCCCCGGCCCCUGAACAAGUACCAGGGCUUCAUAUUCGACAUUGUGACCAAGCAGGCCUUCGAUGUCUCCAUCAUGUUUCUCAUCUGCUUGAACAUGGUGACCAUGAUGGUGGAGACGGACGACCAGAGCUCCGAGAAGGUCAACAUCUUGACCAAGAUCAACCUGCUCUUCGUAGCCAUCUUCACGGGCGAGUGCAUCAUCAAGAUGGCUGCCCUGCGGCACUACUACUUCACCAACAGCUGGAACAUCUUCGACUUCGUGGUGGUCAUCCUCUCCAUCGUGGGCACUGUGCUCUCGGACAUCAUCCAGAAGUAUUUCUUCUCCCCGACGCUCUUCCGAGUCAUCCGCCUGGCCCGCAUCGGCCGCAUCCUCAGGCUGAUCCGCGGGGCCAAGGGGAUCCGCACGCUGCUCUUUGCCCUCAUGAUGUCCCUGCCUGCCCUCUUCAACAUCGGGCUGCUGCUCUUCCUCGUCAUGUUCAUCUACUCCAUCUUCGGCAUGGCCAACUUCGCUUACGUCAAGUGGGAAGCUGGCAUCGACGACAUGUUCAACUUCCAGACCUUCGCCAACAGCAUGCUGUGCCUCUUCCAGAUCACCACGUCGGCUGGCUGGGAUGGUCUCCUCAGCCCCAUCCUCAACACGGGGCCCCCCUACUGCGACCCCGAUCUGCUCAACAGCAAUGGCUCCCGGGGAAACUGUGGGAGCCCAGCCGUGGGCAUCCUCUUCUUCACCACCUACAUCAUCAUCUCCUUCCUCAUCGUGGUCAACAUGUACAUCGCCAUCAUCCUGGAGAACUUCAGCGUGGCCACGGAGGAGAGCACCGAGCCCCUGAGCGAGGACGACUUCGACAUGUUCUACGAGAUCUGGGAGAAGUUCGACCCGGAGGCCACCCAGUUCAUCGAGUACUCGGCCCUGUCGGACUUCGCCGACGCCCUGUCUGAGCCUCUCCGCAUCGCCAAGCCCAACCAGAUAAACCUCAUCAACAUGGACCUGCCCAUGGUGAGCGGGGACCGCAUCCACUGCAUGGACAUCCUCUUUGCCUUCACCAAGAGGGUCCUAGGGGAGUCUGGGGAGAUGGACGCCCUGAAGAUCCAGAUGGAGGAGAAGUUCAUGGCGGCCAACCCAUCCAAGAUCUCCUACGAGCCCAUCACCACCACACUCCGGCGUAAGCACGAGGAGGUGUCGGCCACCGUCAUCCAGCGGGCCUUCCGGAGGCACCUGCUGCAGCGCUCCCUGAAGCACGCCUCCUUCCUCUUCCGCCAGCAGGGCGGCGGCCUGUCCGAGGAGGACGCGCCUGAGCGGGAGGGCCUCAUCGCCUGCAAGAUGAAUGCGAACUUCUCCCGGAGCCUGGGCCCACUCUCCAGCUCCUCCGUCUCCUCCACGUCCUUCCCACCUUCCUAUGACAGUGUCACCCGGGCCACCAGCGAUAACGCCCAGGCGCGGGUGUCCGACUACAGCCACAGCGAAGGUCCUGCGACCCCCGACGGGGGCCGGGAGUCUAUCGUGUGAGCCUCGCCCACUGGCCAGGACACGGAGAGGCAGCCGUUGCCUUGAGGCAAACCCAAGCCAGCGUCUGCUGGGCCUCCCUCGCUCUGAGCUUCAGGAGAGAGAGGAGGCUCAGCCCCGUGGGUCAGCAAGGCCGAGUUCCAGGGCACCCGUGUUGAGGGUCCGGAGCCACUGGCCCAGCCGGCCGCUCAGGACGCCUGUCCCUCCCGGGAGGCCCCACCACCCCAGUGGCCUGGCCCGGGGCUCUGGCGAGCAGCUGCUGAGAUGGAAUAGGAAACUGAGACUGUAUGUGUUGUGAAUGGGCUUUCAUACAUUUAUUAUAUUUGAUAUUUUUUUACUUGCGCAAAGAACUAACGUUUUUCCCGUGGAUGUUGGCAGCACCUCACACUUGCCUCUUCUGAACGCUGAACAAGGGUGUGCACGUGGCUGCUGGAAGUGCAUUCUCAAAGCAGAAGCGGAAUC